UUUAAUUAUUCCGGAGAUUAAAUAUCCCUUUGAAUCAGGUUUUCAAAAACGUCGCAGUUGGCUAAUUAAAUGUGUGAAUACAGUCUGCAUUCUAUUAACUUAGCAGUUGCCUUUUCAUUCCUCAUUGCUUUUUUCUAUAGUCGUUUGUUUCUGUAUAAUCAAGAGAAAUCUUUAUAGGUAACAUGUAAAAUGCAGUCAAAAUCCACUUCUACUGAAAACGGUGAGCCUCUUAUGGCAAAGAAGAUGGAUAAAGUUGUAUUUGAACAAAUCUGUGAUGCAAUAUUUAUGUUGAUACCUGAGGUGCCACGAUUGAAGCAGUUGUUCUUGAGCUGGAGUCUGCUUAGUACAGAAGAAAGAUCUCAACUAGAUUCUAGAGUUUGUACUUGGUAUAAUCCCAGUCGUCGCCAACUUUAUAAACCUCUUCGAGAAGCCCUAAUCCGGUGGGAAAAUGUUCAGGAUACUCAAGGUGCUCCAGGGUGUGAGCCUGGUAUGGUGUCGUUUUCUUGCGACCCUCAACUAGAAGAAGAAUUAGUUAACGUAAUCUGCAGCUUGGAAAUGAUGUUUGUCAAGAGUAAAGACAGCACAGAUGAAAUGAUGGAGGGCAAAAAUAUUCAGUAUGGAAGAGUGUUGGAAGAAGUAUCGCUAAGUGCAAGAGAUAGCCCUAGAUCAUUAGCUAGUCCAAAAGAUCGAACUCCGCACUCGGUUCACAGUUGCGGCCAUAUCACAGAUAGCAAACAUUCGGACGACGAUCUUAAUGGAUACUUGACUAAUUAAAUACGCUGAUUUUGCUCAAGUUUCAGAUGUGCUCAUACAGCUCAAUUGUAUGCCUGAAAAAGAUUGACUAUCGUGUUAUGGAGAAAAU